CGGCACGGGGCGAGCCUUUCGACUCAGUUUUAACGCGCACGUUUUAUGAAACGACAACUAUGCGUCGAGGUUCGCUCGCCGGCGAUAAUAAUUAUUCAUAUUAUCGGAACCGCUUCUAGCGACCGAAAUAGCAACGCGGUAAACAAAUUCGCAUUUUAUUGCCAGUCCUCUUUGUUGAUUAUAAUUCGGUUUUAUUUAUUUGUUUUUUUGCAAUCCGUCCGCAUGUCGUUCGUGUGCCGGCGCGAGGUGUCUCCGCGAAUCUUAAUAGCAGUUAAUCAUAGUUUAUUUUUACCGCGCAACGUGUGUUAAUAAUUGUGUUGGGGCCACUUGUCGCCGGCUCUUUUAUUUCGCUGUCGUAUUCGAUAUAUGUAAUUUGCCAAUGCGGAAGUUGAGUCAAACUUUUUGAAAUUCGCGAGUUCGGGCUUUAGUAACGAAACUUCUUGCUUACUUUGUCUGUACGAAAAAAUUAAAUUAAAAAAAAAAAAAACUUUAUGUUGCAACUGGCGCGAUAUUUGAUUUUUAUAACCUGAUUUUGACAGUUCCAAUUUCAAACGUGAUUGGCACGUGUUUGUCUUGUGAACUUUUUUAAAAAAGCACGAAUUCUCCUUUUGGCGGGAACAAUUGAUAGAGGUGCUAAUGAAGAAGUAGGCUGGACAGAAAGUUUGGAAAAGUGUUGAGUACACAUUGGAUGCUGGCGAGUGUUUUUUCAACGCGUUUUCGAGGCUAAGCGCUAGUUGUUUGAACAAGUGUGUUUUCUAAUGGAUUUAUUUUGAGAUUGUAUUCAAAACAUUGGAGUUGUAUUGGUUCAGUCGUACGAGGACUGCGAUAGUGGAGUGCCGCAGGGCAGCGUACUAGGCCCACUCUGAUGUUCGCGGAAUUGUGAUAGAAAAAAACUGUGUGUCUGGAUGUGUCUCCAAAGAGACGAAGACGAAGAUGUCGGCAACAUAGAAUCGAGACAAAUGGUGCAGCUACACAUACUGGGUCCCGAGCCGGCACUGAACUCUAACCCGGGUGGCGCAGCGAAGCCACCGCUGCUCAACUCAUUCGAGCUGGACCGCUGUCUGGACCGAGAGGAGUCCGGCAGGUGGGGCGACCCGGCGCGUCGGCGCCGGCGCAGCUCGCCCCCGCGCCGCGCUUCGCCCCCUCGAGACCAUGAGCCUCUUGCUCUUGCCAGGGCUUCAGCACCUACUUCCCCGGCCGGUGGAUCAGCCCAAUCUAGUCCAGCCCCAGGGUCUCCCGGGGGGAGCGCCGGGGCUGCCGGGGCAAGAUCCCCGCUACCACUGGUCCCACCGGAUCUACUCGCAAUGCAGUUGUUGGACCAGCAUUCGCAGCUACAAGCGCUUAUGAAACAACGAUUGUUUCAUCAACAUCAUAUGCAGAAACAGCACAUAUCAUCAGAGGCUGCAAAACGGCAGUUGGAGCAGUCUCGUCUCCAGGAUCAGAUCAAUCUGAAUCUGCUUUCGCAGUCUCAUCUCCCGCCUCCUGACACUUCUCCGGGUUCUCUCCAGCAGCAGCUCGGAGCCCAGCAGCAGCAGCUCGUACAGCAGUUGCAAGCUGUCCAACGUCAGUAUUUGAUGCACGGCUCCCUGCCUGUUCCACCUAACGCUCCUCCUGGUCUGAUGCUGUGGGGCAGUGAGAUGGAAGAGCACCCCCUGUUCGGGCGAGGGGUUUGCAAGUGGCCUGGAUGUGAUGCUCUUGCUGAAGACUACCAAGCGUUCCUCAAACACCUGGAAGCAGCGCACACGCUGGACGACAGGUCGGCUGCGCAGGCGCGCGUGCAGAUGCAGGUGGUCGCGCAGCUCGAGCUGCAGCUGCGGCGCGAGCGCGACCGCCUGGCCGCCAUGAUGCGCCACUUACAUGCUGCCAGGGACUCCUCCCACCAUGCCGCUAAGCAUUCCCAUGGAACCGCUAGCGAAGGCGCUUCGCCCGGACCAGUCCGUCGUAGGGUGUCGGACAAGUCCGGAGUAGCCAUUGCUGGAGAGAUACAACGCAAUCGUGAAUUCUACAAAACGGCAGAUGUGAGACCCCCCUUCACAUACGCUUCGCUGAUCCGACAAGCCAUCAUAGAAUCCCCAGAUAAGCAGCUGACAUUGAAUGAGAUCUACAAUUGGUUCCAAACUACAUUCUGCUACUUCAGACGCAAUGCAGCCACUUGGAAGAAUGCGGUCCGUCACAACCUGUCGCUGCACAAGUGCUUCAUGCGCGUGGAGAACGUGAAGGGCGCCGUGUGGACCGUGGACGAGGUGGAGUUCUACAAGCGGCGGCCGCAGCGCGCUGCGCACGCGCCGCCGCACGCGGGAUUUAUGGGAGCUCAGAGUCCACCAAUGAUGACCAGCCCCCAUGGUUACAGCGAAGCCCUAAAACGAAAUCUUCAGGGUAUGAUGGAAGACUGUAACCUUUCUUACAUGUCGGGAGAAGACCACAUGAUGCAGACUGAUGAAUAUCCCUCGUCUCAUGAUGAUUACAGACCAAUGAUGAAUGGCUAUGGCAACAGCAGUUCUUCCCACGAAGUCAAAGCUGAGGAUUUGAGCGCUUCAGAAGCUCAAGAUAUAAAGCCUAAUAUAUACGCGCUCAAGAAUGAGAUGCAGGCAUCUGAUUAUUCAAACAAAGGUGACUAUUCAAACUCCAACAAGGAGUCAUCUAGUAAUCGAUCCAGCGAGACCAGCCCUUACGAUGAUUACUCCAGGUCUGAGGACAGAUACCGGCCCUCCAUAUCCCACAUCAAGGACGAAGCUGAAAACUUGUCGCUCAACGAACAACGUACUGACAAGUAGAUCCUAGUGUCAAUGCGAUUAGUUUCACCGAAGCUGGAAAGAUCUAAAUCAAACUGGUUUAAACUAGUGAUACAAGUGAUAUGAAUGACUUUGAACAUUCUGCGCCCAUAGUGUUAGCUAUAUAUCACAGUAUGUCAUAACAGUUUAAUAUUUUACGGGUCUAGAUAUACUUCAAGUUAUAUAGAAUGGUGUUUUAGAAAGUGUAAUGUGUUCACUGUUGGACUUUUAUUAUGUAAGAGGACGAUCUCCCGCGAGGAAUUAUAGUUAAGUGUAACCAAAUAUAUAUAUUUUUGUUCUUUUUUUACUGGCCCGGUUUUAACGGGAUUCUUUCAAGUAUUAUAGGAAUUAUUUUUCCUUAAUUUAGUUUCUUUUUUUUAGCUGUAAUCCAGAUAUUUGUUAGUGAUAUAUAUUUAUAGCGUAAGUGUUAGAAAAUUCUAGAAACGAAUUGAACGGAUAAGCAGUCAACGAUUUAUAACCUUAAAAGGUCCAUAUCAAUAUUAAAAAUAUUUAAUCAUCUUGUAACAUAAUAGUAAGAACAAUAAGUAGUUGUAUUGGCCUAAUGUAAAGGAAUUAGACAGGAAGAAUUAUUUUUCUUUUAAAUUUUAACGCAAAGCGUUCAGUUCGUAUUUUUGCAUUUAAAAUACUUUUAUAUCAUAUAUUGCUUAUUUUUGAAUAAUAGAUCUCAAAAUAAGAAGAUUAAUUUGCAACAAAAUUAAGUUAUUAAAGAAAGCAACUUAUUACAACUCCUUAAUUUCUUGAAUUUUUGAGAUUUCAAUUUGAUAAUGAUCUGAAAAUUAUUUUUGUUACAAAUGUUUUGCAAUUUAAGUGCAUUAAAAUUAGGAUUUGAAAUAGUGUGCCAUAAGAAUGGUACUAUCUAAUGAUUUAUUUUUUUUAGUUUUGAGGAUUUGUUUUUUAGGUUAAGGCUUCUUGUAAAUAUUUAUCAUGGCCAUCAUGAAUUGUAAAUUUUUUGAAAGGUAACUUUAGAAGUGUGUAACGUUUACUUAUUGACUAUUAUCUAUUAAAUCGUUCAUGUUGUAGAAAAUUUAGAAGAAAAAAAUAACUUAGUGACUUAGUUAAAUUUUCGCCGUACCUACAGUAAAUUUGUACUUUUUUCGUGCAUUUUCUUAUAAAUGCUGCAUUUAUAUUAUAAAAACAAAAAUAAUAAAGAAAACAAUGUUGCCUAUGGUAAGUUUUUGUUCAUCGUUAAAAUCAAUAAUCGAUAUAAUACGAAUAAAUUAAGAAAGGGUGAAAAUAAUCAUAUCACUGCUAUGUAUGUAUACCUACUAUAAAAAUGUAGACAUAAAUUCGACAAGUAAUCUAUAUAAUUAUAUCGGAUAUGCAAUAUUUAGACACCGUUUGAAGAGUUGAAAGCGCUUUAAUUGUUUGUUUUUUUUUGCGAUUCGUGAUAAAUAGGUACGUAUUAUUUAUAAAAUCUGCGUUUAUGUUCAUUUAUCAAAGUCACCUUCUAACGCUUUUUAGCGCAUUUAUUGUAAUAAUUUUUUUGAUAAAAUGGAAACUGUACUAGAUAUUAUUAUUUUUUAAUUUUUUUUUCCAUUUUAAUUUCUAAAUGUAUUUAUUUGAAGUAUACUUUUUUACAUUCAACGUAUUAUAAUCAGCUUACUUUAUUACCAAUGUUUUAUCCGCCUGUAUUCAUUUGAUUAAAAUGAAAAUUUUUGGACAUAAUGCGCGUAAAAUUAUUGUGAAAAGCGAUGUAGCAGUGUUCAUUAAAAAAAUAUAAUAGUUUUCGUUAAGAAUUCACCAGUUGGAUAAUAUUUUUUUAAUCGCAUAAUUCAGUUUAUUUAUUGACAUUAAACACAUGUUUACCGUAAGUUGAAGUACAACGUACCAACGACUUUUACAUAUAUUUUUAACAUAUGCACGAAAAUAUAAUGUAAUAUUAUAAGGAAUUGAUUGUUACAAAGUUAUUUUUGCCGAUUUAGCGGAGAUUUGUCGUGGUAGAUGCCCUCGGGGAACGUGUGAAAGAGAUACGUUACGUGUCUUUAUGUGGGUGGGAGCGAGAUAGAAGGAUGUCCCCGAUUUACGGCUGUUUUUUGGCGCCCAACGCGGCGCAGGAAUACUUACAUUUAUUGAUCAUUGUAAAUUAUACUUAAUUAGUGUUGUAUUAAACAAAAUCAUUACAAUUAA